AUGCUUCAAAUAAUUUUAAGCAUAAUCUUUUGUUUGGUUUUCCUUCCUUUAUUUAUCAACAGCAUCCUUGCAAACUUCAGCCAUGAAGCUGUGGAUGAAAAUCAAAACAGCACAGAUGACACUUGGUGCCUUUAUGAUGGACACGAGUGGAUCUUCACUGUGAUUCCAGUGUACAUCUUGAUCAUCAGUGUGCUGGGAAUCUUCUUGAAUGUCUUUGUGUUGAUGGUUUUCUGGCUCCACAAAAAGGCCUGUACUGUGGCUGAGAUCUACCUGAGCAACCUGGCUGCUGCCGACCUCUUUCUGAUGUCUCCUUUUCCCGUCCUUGCUGUGAUUGCAGGAACAAAAUAUGACUUGCACCUUAGUGAAACUGUUUGUAAACUGCUUCCCUUCGCCAUCAGCAUGAAUGUCUACUGCAGCAUCAUCAUCCUUGCUCUGGUGAGCAUUGACCGAUAUUUGGCACUAGUUCACCCACUGACCAGUGGAAGAAUGCGGAGGCCAUUUUAUGCCAAAGUGGCAUGUGUGCUGGUGUGGGGUGUAUGCUUUCUCUUGAAUGUUCCCUCACUCAUUUACAGGGAAGUUGUACAUGACUCUGAGAGAAAUUUUACCACAUGUGAUUUAAAUUUUCCAAGUCCUUCCAUGUUUCUGGUGUUUGAAGGGAUCAGUUUAUUCAUCUUCAUCAUCCCCACUUUCCUUAUUUCCUUCUGCACCCUCAAAAUCACUAACGCUCUGAGUGGGACGUUGAAGAAGGAGUUAAAUGCUCAGAAAAAAGAGCAGAAGGCCACCACUCUGGUCCUGGUGGUCCUCUUGGCAUUCCUGAUCUGCUGGGUACCAAUGCAUGUGGUUAGCAUACUAGACCUGCUCAGUAGAGUUAAUAUUCUGAAUGGGUGCCGCUUUUUCAAAAAUUUGUACAUCUACCAACGCAUUUUCACCAGUUUAGCCUUAUCCAACAGUGUUCUCAACCCCAUUCUCUAUGUCAUUGUAGGGAAAACCUUCCAGAAAAAAGUUAAGGAAUUAUUCAUGCAGGUGAAAACAAACCUGUCAAGAUGUCAUUAAGCUGAAGAUGCUUCAAGCUGAUCUCCAAUAAAAGUAAUUUUUAAUUGCAGUGCAUGUUUUAAGGAUUUUGUACAAUGAAACUGACUAUUGCUUACGAAGACAUAAUGUCAGAAAAAGUUUUGCUCACAUUACAAUUAAAUGAUCCUAAUAUUCAGGAUGUAUUCAUGUUCAAGCUGUUUCUCAGAAGGGUGAAGCCAAGACAAUGUCAUGUUUAUUUGAUUACAUACUGUGGUGAGAACCUGCUCACUCUGGUGUAUCUUUCAGAGAAUCUUUCGCAACACAGUCCU